AUGAAAGGGCAUGAGCUGCCUAAUAUUCACUUGGAUACCAAGGUUCAGUCCAAUAAAGAUAUUGGCCUCUCUGUGAUCAAUGACGAUUCAAACACCGAAAGAGAACUUUGGAGGAUGUAUUCUAAGGCCAAGACGUCGUUGCCGUACAAGUCCAGAAUGGAAAACCUGACAUGGAGACUGAUGACCAUCAAGUUGAAGAACCAAGCAAACAACAAAAACAAUAAUAAUAGUAUUGGUCCCAACACAUUCUCCCAAGCUAAUGAUGCCACAAUGAUGGACGACCUGCCGUUAACGGCGCAGGUAGCCGGUCGGGUUGGAUUAGAUUCCAAAUCUUUGUCGAAAAAGAGACCUGCAGAGUUUUCCCCCUUAGUUCCAACCCAGGAUCCCGGUAAUACCACCAGAAUUCCCACAGUUGACUUGCAGCAGAGACAUCGGGUUGUCAGUAAACUGUCUGCUAGUCUCAAGUCUCAAGGAAGUCAAAACCCCGACAAGAGUCAGAUCCACAAUAAUGCUCAGUCAUUCGUCGAUAAUAUGAUGAUGGUUGAUGAGACUAAUCAAAGCGAUCAGUCAAUAUCGGGCACUACUCCUUGGGAGGAAAAUGGAAUCCCCUUUGAGAGAUUUGAUGUUUCAUCCUCCUAUGAUUUUGAUGGCGGUCUCAAUUUUGUCUCUGAAAGUCUUCCGGAAUCUCAUCUUCACAAGGGGCUCAGUUCGCAAGAGUUUUCUGUUCCUUAUGGGUUACCGCAGAGCUCCCUUCCUCCAUCGAUUUCCCACAAUUCAAGUGCGGUCAACCUUGACCAAAUGAACAUGUUUUCAGAUACCAGCUUUGACAUCUCCCAGCAACCUCAGGGUCAAAGUAUCCAUCGUAAUAAUCAAAGCAACCAGCAUAUUCAUCGAAUGAAUGGAAAUGGAACUCCAAUAUCUUCUCAUAUGAGCCAGUUUACUGACAUGUACUCGUCUCCUGGCUCUACGUUGGGCUCCACCACAGGCUCAACUGCUCAAACACCAUCAAUGGACGCUAAGGACUCGAUGACCUAUUUUGACUCCUACUUCAAUUCUAUUGGCGGCAUUGGUAGCAUCGGACCCUCAAACAGGCCAAGUUCCUCCCACCAAAACCAAUUCAAACGGACUGCAGGAGCAAGAGAUUCUGCGGAGCUUUCUAGGUCGAUCCCCCAAAACACAAUAUCAAUACCUAAUCCGACCAUGGCCAUGGCUCAUUCCUUUGGCGCUAACGAAAACACGCAUAUCGAACCAUUCCAAUUAAUGAACAAGGAGCUGACAGGCUCUGUAAAACUGGAAAGCCAAUAUAAAGAGGCCGAAGGUUUUUCAAGCGUCAACUCAUCUGGCUCGGGCAUCCGAAGACCGCUCUCAGCAACAAAGAAGAAACCCACUUCUUCCCGGAAACCCAAGGAUGAUGGUAUGAAAUUGAAGGAAACUAACAAUGGUAUUCCAAUUUCAUGUUCGAAUUGCAAAACUCAAACAACGCCUUUAUGGCGAAGAGAUCCAUCUGGAAAACCCCUUUGUAAUGCUUGUGGAUUGUUCUUAAAGCUUCAUGGCUCUGUACGACCAUUAUCAUUGAAAACUGAUGUCAUUAAGAAAAGACAAAGAGAUAAGAAUAAUGAAACGAAGGUGAACGGAACAGGUAAACCCAAACCUUCUGCUAAGUCGAUUGGGGAUGAUCAGAACCCCCCUCCUAUCCCAUUAGUUAAAGAGACUAAGGAUACUUUUUCCGGUUUUGACUACGCCACUAACAGCAGUGCUAACAGUGUUGGCGGCUCAACGAACCCUAAGAGCUCAGGGAAGGGUCCAGAUGGUCAGGGAAGUUGGGAAUGGCUGACUAUGGCUCUUUAA